AUGCAGCUAUUGGUGAAUACCUCCAACCCCGAUGUGUUGUCUAUCCCGGAUCCCCGAUCCUAUUCGCCCCGCCCAGCCCCACCACCAUCAAGACGUGGACAGCUUCACAUCUCCAACUCCCACCUCUUACCUCCAACAACAGACAAACAUCUAAAGACAUGUCCUAACCUCAAACCAACACCCUCACCCCCUCCCACCCAUUUCCACCAACUCCAAACCACCACACCACACCACACCAACAAAAAAUCUACAAAAAUGAUCUUCAAAACCCUAACCCACCUCCUCAACACGCUCGACGAACUCACCGAAAUCGGGCACUCCCUCCUCUCCAGCACCCUCAUCGCCCAAAACUCUCACGGCGACCACCCCCUCUAUACCAGCUACGCCCUCAGCCUAGCCUCCACCCUCCCCCCGCCGCCGCCGCCAUCGCCAUCUACCAAGCCAUCGAAACCACCUCCCAACUGCGCCAAAUAAACACGCACCUGGAGACCCUCAACACGACGUUAGCUAGCGAUAACGCCCUCCGCGUGGCCUCGGAAUUCCCCACCCUCGUUUACAACAUGCUCUCGCAUAAAAUCAAGUCCGAGAGUGAGGAUACGUGGUAUUUGGUGUAUCAUCCGGAUACGAUCUGGAGACAUGGGUUUGAGGAGUUGAUUUUGAAGAGGGGGGUGUUGGGGGAGAGGUUUAUUGGGUUGUUUCAGAGUUUGGAUGCGGUGGUGGUUUAUAUGCAGGCUAUGAGGAGG